UGGUGUUACCGAGCGCACCCUCCUCCUGCAGCGUCGCAGGGCUGGCUUCCCCCAUUAACACUAGCCUGCUUUAUUUACACUUUCCUGUGCUGCCGGAGCCCCGGCACAAGACCCCGGUACACCGCCGGUGUGGGAACCCGCCGAGCCCGCGGAGAAAAGGCGUCGCUGCGCGGUGGGAAACGCCGGCUCUGCGUCGGGAGGCUGUGAAGGUUUCCGCCUGGAGAGGGAUCACCUGAACCCGCACAGUCCUGGGCGGGAUGGACCCGGGGACACGGAACCACAGGAUCUGAGUGGUUUAACACCGAGACACGGAGACCCCAGCACCUCCUCCAUCCUCCUGCCCGGCUCUGCUCCUCCAUGAUCACCAUGGAGCCAGCCCUCAACCCGCAGCUACAGUUCCCGGAGAACUCCUACAAGAUGACGGAGGACGACGUGAAGAGGCUGAUCGAGUUCAGGGCAUCCAACGAGGCUCUGUUCACAGGCAAGAGGAACUCUGCCAAGAUAGCCUGGAGCACCAUCUUGAAAGGUUUGGGAUUGGAAGGGAAGUUGACAGCAGAUCAAAUCGCCAAGAAAUGGGACAACCUGCGAACCAAAUAUAAAGACCUGAAGCAGCCGUACCAGGGCCAGGACCACGUCGGGGUUGUUGUUGAGUCGUGGCCGUGGUUCCACAUCAUGGAUGAAGCCAUGCAGGGUCGCCUGUACAACAGCAAUCUGGUGCUUACACCAGAGACCCCCGCCAACCCCGUUCUCCCAGGCAGCUGCCAGCCCAACCAGAGCCAGGAGAGCACAGACAUCCUGGAGUUCCUCAUCAAGACGGAGAUGGACGACACGGUGGCAGAAGUGACAGUAGAGGGGGAUGGGGAGGUUCAAGCAGACCCCCCACCCGUCGAGGGAGCCCCAAUGGGCUGGAGGAGGAUGUCGGAGUGCACUUACAAAAUGACCGAGCCAGAAACCGAGAGGAUGAUCAAACUUCGAGCUGCAAAUGAGGCGCUCUUCACUGGCAGGAAACACUCGGCAAAGCCUGCCUGGAGAUCCAUUCUGUAUGAGCUGGGCCUUCAGGGGAAGCUGACCACAGAUCAGCUGGCCAAAAAGUGGGACAACCUGAAGAGGAGAUACAAGGAGCUGAAGUUUCCUUCGCGGAACGUGGAGACGAACCCCAGCUCCUGGCCCUGGUUCUAUCGAAUGAAUGACGCCAUGGAGGGGCGAUUUGCGACUGCAGCCCCCAUCCUCACUCCCAUUGUGGAGAGUGAAGAUGAUUACUGUGAGCCAUUGUCUCCAACGCCAAAGAAACGAGCCCGUCGGAUCCGAGGGGGGAUGGCCGAGUUCCUGACAGAGACUGAGAUGGACCUGUUGGUUGAUAACGAGGAGAAAAACGGCACUGAGGCUCUUGGAGAUCUGCACCGGAUCACAGAGUUCACUCACAAAUUGACAGAAGACGACACAAGGAGGCUGAUUGAGUUACGAGCUGCUAACGAGUCUCUGUUCACCGGGAGGAGGAACACGGCCAAGCCAGCCUGGAGAGGAAUAGUGAAGGAGAUGGGUCUGACAGGGAAGAUAACACCUGACCAAGUUGCCAAGAAGUGGGACAACCUGAAGACCAAAUUCAAGGACCUGAAGUUUCCACCUCGAGGGAUGGAGGGUCAGACUAACCCGGCCUCCUGGCACUGGUUCCAGCUCAUGAGCGACGCUCUGGAGGGACGCCUAGUGGGAAAAGCUCCCAGAGUCACGCCCGUCUGGACCAGUGAGGAAGACAACGUGCUUGUCUCGUCUCCACCCCCCGACAGAGACUGUCUGAUGGCAGACAGGAGCAGCGUGUCAGAGCUGGAGUGCAUUGUGUGUGGAGACAAUGGCGAAGCUGACGGGAGCGUCACUUAUAUCGACGCCAGUGGAGAGGAAUGUUCUACGCCCUCAGAUCUCUCUUACAAAAUGACAGACCAGGACACCAAAAAGAUGAUCAAACUUCGAGCUGCUAACGAGAUGCUGUUCACCGGGAGGCGGAACGCUGCUAAAGCUGCCUGGAAAGCCAUCCUGAAGGAGCUCGGACUGCUGGGAAAAGUCUCCACCUACCAGAUGGCCAAGAAGUGGGACAAUCUGAAGAGGAGAUAUAAGGACCUGAAGUUUCCUCCCGUAGGAAUGGAGAGCAUAGCUGACGGCGCCUCUUCCUGGCCGUGGUUUCACCUGAUGAAUGAAGCCAUGGAGGGCCGGCUGGUGAACAGCGCCCCCCUCCUAACUCAUGUCCCCCAGGACGACGAUCAGCACCCAGAACCCGCCCCCAGAAACAGGUCUCGCCCGGCUCCACCCCCUCCCCUCCCUUCAUCCUCCGCCUCCACGGACUUUGGACAGGAGACGUUCAGCGACGGCGUGGAGCAGAACCAGCGUGGCGCGGAGUCGUGCGACGAGCCGCUCGGCGGACUAGAGCAGGAGUGGGAGAUGGUGGAGAGGGAGCGGGCGGCGCUGGAGCGAGAGAGGGAGAUGGUGGAGAGAGAUCGAGCCGCUCUGGAGAGAGAAAGGGCGGCGGUGCAGGCGGAGAGGUUGUGGCUGGACAGGGAGCGGGCCGCCAUGGAGCAGGACCGGGCCCUGGUGGAGCAGGAGAGGGCAGCACUGGGCCGGGAGAGGGAGGUGCUGGACCAGAGAGCCUUGAUGCUGAACUCUGUGGGACACUCGGGGCACCUCAGCAGCCUCAUGUAGGCCGGCAUGCCGUGGGGACGUGGACCGUCCCUGUAGACCAGUGGUCCUCACUCCAGGUCCUCGAGAGCCGCUGUGCUGCUUAUCUUAGAUGUUUCCCUGCUCCGGUAAACCCUGAUACAGAUGACUGUGUCACCAACAGAACUGUGCAGACCCGGAGGAAAGAUUGGUGAUGACCACUAAUUAGAAUGAGGUGUGUUGGUGCAGAGAAACAUCAAAAACGUGCAGGACAGCGGCUCUCGAGGACCAGGAGUGAGGACCACUGCUGUAGACACAUCUUAAAGAAAGGAAAAAAAACCACUGCACCUCUGUGGAACCCCGGUGGUUUCACUGGGUGACGGGCUGACUGAGGUGCGAAGCUGGUCCUCCCGUGGGAGGGAUGUUGGAUAUCUUAGCAGUAAGUCAAGAGGGUCAAAACAUCAGUCAUCAAGGUUAAAUUAAGGAAACAUUAAGACUUUUUGAGGCAAACCGCUGCAGAUCUAUUCUUAAAUUUAAUUAGAGCUGUUCAUACCACCACCAACGUUAUCUUUUUACUUGUUUUACAUUCCUAAGUACAGAAACUGUGUGUUGCACACAGAGCAGGUGGAUUUCCUACACUGAAUACUGUUUCUGAACAAGCCGGAUACACAUGGCUUAGCAUUGAGGAUUACAAAUGGUUAAUAAAAGGGAAUUCAUUAACUGAGAAUGCAGAAAACAUUGUUUUAUUUUGAUACUGGGGUUGUCUCCUCAUUAUUCCUCGUUCAAUGAUCAGUUUCAUCUCUACUUCAAAACUUCAAAUGCAGAUGUCAUGUGAUGCAUCAUUUGUUCUCCUCUUUAUUCUGUUAAAAGUGUUAAAGGAAGCAGCAGUUGCAGUAAAACUGUACUAAAACAUAAAGGCAUCUUUAUCCACUCAGAUGCAAAUUAAAAUCCAAAUGUCUGAAUUAAUCAUACAGUUGAAACUACAAGGUUUACAAACAAUGUUUUUUUUUAAAUCACUGCCCGACAUUAAAUUAGACCAAACCUUUCCUGUUUUAGUUCAGUUAUGAUGACCAAAAUUAUUUGUAUUUGCUAAAUGCCAGAAUAAUGAGAGAGAAUAAAUGUUAAAUGCAUUGUUAUCGUGUUUGCAGUAAUAAAUAGACAGAAUUAGAUUGUGCAGCUCUGAUCCCAGAGGGGCUCACCAGUGCUCCCAGUAAACUACCACUGUAGAAAGAUGAACAAACAGGUGGGAUCUGGACAACUGUCCUCACAAAAGCUUCCACUCAAACUAAUAACUCCUAAACACUGGCAAUUCCCCCCCCGAAUUUAUCUGGACCCUUUGUAUUUAUGUACAAAAAAGAGAAACAUUUUUGCAGCACUGGUUACGUUCCUGACAUGUUGAUGUCAGAGCAAAACAUCUGCUUCCCAGAAAACCAACUUCAGCUGGUUUUCCAUGAAAUCAACCCAGUUCAGCUUGGAGUACCAGCUGAAAUGAUGUGAGCUGGUCAUCAGGACCAACUGGACUUUAUCAGCACAAAUUGUCAGGCGUUGAAAUCGCGUUCAGAACAGGUUAAAGUAUUGACGGUUUCUGUAAAGUCAGAGGUUCAUCUGUGAAUCAAGUGGGAAUUGCCUCCUGAGAUGAACAGAUGCUUAAAGAAGUACUUCCGUUUAGUUUUCAGUCCUGACUGAAGUGCUUAAAAAGAACCUGUGAUCUAUGUUGGUGAGAGACAGUUGUUUUUAAAAACUGUUUGUUUAAUACAGAAAUUUAAAAAAAACAGCGUCUGGUUUUCUGUUUAUUCGUCUGUUUGUGUGAAAUAACUGGAAGAUUGUCUUUGAAAAAGAUUGAUGAAUGAUCGCAGCAGGUGGUCUCCUUACUCUUUUCCUAUCAGGAUUUAACAACAGAUGUAACAAGAAGGUGCACAGAUAUGCAGUUCAUAACUCAAGCUGUUAGAUGGACGUGCAUCCUUGUGUCACCUACACCUGCUUGUUCCUGCAGAGUUUCAGAGGAUAAGGUGCAACUCGGAAACUCACUGACCUUCAGUCUGUUCAGAAUCAGCACUGGACAAACGGGAAGAUCUCAUUAAAGACGUGGUGGUAUGUUUGAUGAAUAAUAAAAGCUGCACCAACUGAAAGGAAAAAUAAAAUAUUACAGCAUCUGUUUUAUUCAACCCCAUGUAAACUAACACCGUGAAGUUCCUGUUUCUUUUCAUGUGCUUUGAUCAACAUUUUGUAUGGAAGGAUGGAUCCAGCAGGUUAGAGGAGCGACAUGGUUAACUAAAGUGAGCCUUGUAAUUAUGUGUCUUCAGUCUUGCAGUCUGUCUGAAUAAAGGUUUAAAAGCGGGGACCACACCGAACA